UGUCCCUAUUGUCUUUUUUUAACGGCUCAAUCAAGACGUCAACAAUAGAAAAAGCCGCGCGUGCACGUUGUUGUCUGAGGUCGGGUAAACUGUCAUUAGACGCGUGGGGCUCCUCGAGCAGCCUGCUGGCUGUGUGGAUGUGGCAGGCUGAUACUAGUUGAAUCUGGGGCACACAGCUGGACUGUUAUUGCGCUGGACAGAUGCCGUGGCUAAUUAGUCGUUUCUAAAAUGAUGAUUCUUAGAAUUUUUUUUUUUUUUUAUUGUCUGAUAAAGUCUCACUAAGAUCGCUUUGUUCAGAUGCAGAAACACCUCCAGGUACAGUCCAGAUCUGACUGGUCUACGUCGGGUUGAACAAUAUUCGUAUCCAGUCACAGAGCAUGUUCACCCUGCGACCACAAAGCCGCUAUCACAGUGCGAUGGAUGCACGAGAACACAAUACACGAAGGGUAAACUAUCUGCCAUAGGGUUUUUGAUUUUUGCUGAAAUAUUUGAUUGUAAUGUGUUAUGCAUUGCAGGUUAAUGUGUAGCCAGGCCGCCCUUGAUUGGUUGAGCGUGAGGUCAGAGGCAUCUGAGGGUUUACAGAUCAAAGGCCGUGUCAGUGCAAAGUUCAGUCCUCUAUCACCAUCAAUGAAUCAUAAAUAUAGUUAUGUGCUAUUAUCGGGGGUUAAUCACCUACUGUUCAAACCAACUCGUGCAGUGAUUUAGUGUUUCAUUGGACAAUCUUAGAGUGUGAGUGUGUGUGUGUGUGUGUGUGUGUGUGUGUGUGUGUGUGUGGGGGGGUUGUUGUCAUCUCGUGAGAAUCUCAUGGAGUUUAAUUCAAUUUAAAGAGACAGCACGCGACAACCGCCAGCAAACAAGAGUUCUCUGUUUUAUUGUCAAUCCAGCAGCCAUCUUUGGUGCAAUUUCAGGUGGAGUUUCAUCAUCAUGCUGCUGCCCCUAUGGCUGCUGCACAUUUGUGCAUGGACUCGCUGCACCCUCGGUGUGUCCUUGGUCUCCCAGCAGUUCAGCUGGAGAAUGGAACAAAUGGGUUAAAAACCAGAUCAGACUGGGUUAUCUGGAGACACACACACACACACACACACACACACACACACACACACACACACUGGGUAGAAUGAACAUGCUGCAUGCACAUUCACAAAGCUGAUGUUUUAUGCUAGUGCAGCGUCUAUUCAAUGCAGGCCAGUCUUAUCUGGCUUUGGAUUGUGAGAUGAUAAAUGCAUAAAACUUGCUCACUAGUGGUGUUGAUUAAUAUAGUUGCAUAACACGCUGCUCUUCGCUCACUUAGCCCGAACACAAUUUGUAUUGAUAGACAUAAUUUCAAAAGCAGUGUGCAGCCAAUCACGGUUGUUCACAAUGCACAUGCAGAACGCUUUGGCACUUUCCAAAAGGGCACAGUUUGGGGGGUUGGUGUGCACCCAUAAUAGGGCUUUGCAAUUUAGUGCUUCACAACCCUGGUGUCAGGUCAGCCAUCACCAUAGCAACAUUAUGCUGAAUAAGCGGCAUUGCAAUCCAGGGAGGAGUAUUAUUUUCAGGAGUCCUCCCUCACUGACUUGUGUCUGCAAAGAGAAAAAAGGAAGCGAGAGACUGUAACUCAUGGGGUGAGUGCUGGAGCAUGGCCCUGAAAUCCUGGAACAAUAUCAGUCGCCAUCAGCGAAAUACAACGCAGUCAUGAAACACAGUUAUUCUAGAGAACUAAUCCUCAGACAUCCGUGUUGCUGGACAGAGAAGUUGCUUCUUUUUUUUCUUUCUUCCUGCUUCGAUCUAUUUACUCCAGAAGAAGGCGACUGAAAAUCCUCGAACCGUGAAGCAUCCUACAUACUUUUGUGCGCUGCAAAUACCAGAUAUAAUUAUUGAAACAUUUGUCUUUCUCCAGAUAAAUAUGGCAGCAGAGCUAUCCACUUCCAUAAACAUCAAGGAGCCCCGGUGGGACCAGAGCACGUUUGUAGGUCGGGCCAAACAUUUCUUCACUGUCACAGACCCCAGGAACAUUCUCCUCACCAACGAACAACUAGCACAUGCACACGAAGUCAUCACCGACUACAGGAAAGGUGUAGUCUCCCCAGGACUGACAGAAGAUGAACUCUGGAGAGCAAAGUAUGUUUUUGACUCGGCUUUCCAUCCCGACACUGGGGAGAAGAUGAUCCUGAUUGGCCGCAUGUCAGCCCAGGUUCCGAUGAACAUGACGAUCACUGGAUGCAUGAUGACAUUUUACAAGACAACUCCAGCGGUGGUGGUCUGGCAGUGGAUCAAUCAGUCUUUUAACGCAAUAGUCAACUACACCAACAGGAGCGGUGAUGCUCCCAUCACGGUCAGUCAGCUUGGCACGGCUUAUGUGUCUGCCACCACAGGGGCGGUUGCCACCGCUCUAGGACUAAAUGCACUAACAAAGCACAUCUCACCUCUGAUUGGACGGUUUGUUCCAUUUGCUGCUGUUGCUGCUGCUAACUGUAUCAACAUCCCUCUGAUGAGACAAAGAGAACUUCAACACGGCAUUCCCAUAACAGACGAGAAUGACAACCGGUUAGGAGAGUCGACGAACGCUGCACAGCAGGCUAUCUCUCAGGUUGUGGUCUCCAGAAUCCUCAUGGCUUCUCCAGGAAUGGCGAUCCCCCCGUUUUUAAUGAACCAUUUGGAAAAGAAGGCCUUUCUGAGGAAGUUCCCAUGGAUGAGUGCACCUAUUCAAGUCACCCUGGUGGGAUUCUGCCUGGUGUUUGCGACUCCACUGUGCUGCGCAUUGUUCCCUCAGAAGAGCUCCAUGUCAGUCAGCCGCCUGGAGCCGGAGCUGCAGGAGAAAAUCCGGGCCAACCACCCCGGAGUGGAGAGGGUCUUCUUCAACAAAGGGCUAUGAGUGUGCAGCCCACUCAUCCAAACACUGCCAUAACACAGCUGCAGGCUCAGUCCUGGCCUCUCUGCCAGCCCUCCUCAUUCAGUGUGC